UGUAGGUUGAUGGAAUUGUGCAAAAUGGGAAGCCGAACAUUGAUGAUGAUCGGGACGACGCUAACGUUGUUGUUUUCAUCGGUGACAUUGGUGUCUAGCACCGAAGAAUGUGCUUCCGUGACGUCGCUUGUCACCACGUGCUACACGUUCAUCACGUACGGGACACCGGACCCGUUUCCGGGGUCUCCGUGCUGCAAUGCUAUGGCCAAUCUCAAGGUUAUUGCCGACACCAUUGAAAACCGGAGAUUUGCAUGUAGAUGCUUGAUGGGCCUCAUUGCAACGUACAACCCAAAUGCCUAUGCCAUUGCCACUUUGCCCGACUUUUGUCAAGUCUCUUUGGGCUUCAACAUCGAUCCUAAUACCGAUUGCAACUUCAUACUGUGAGUCACAAAUUUGACCAAAAUAAAGAGUCGGCAUUCAGCUGCAGAUGAGGGAGCUAGGUUCGGUUUUUAGGUUGAUGAAAGUAUGAAUAAGUGAUAGUUUUAGUAUUAAUGAUGGUUUUAGUAUUCUAUACAUAGAUCCUACUGAUUGUACAAAUUAUGGAAAUAAUAUGUUAAACAAAACUUUAAUUUUUAAUAAAAAAGAGAUUAAUUGGUGACUUUAUUACGAAAGUCCACCAUUUCGGAGGUUGGGAAGACUCAUAGAGACAUUUAAGCUUUUCUCUGGUCACUAUCGCGUGAUCCACCAGU